UAAGACCUGCUACUUUUCCUACUUUCAAAUGCUGUAGGUCCAGCUGAAAUUUUGUGCUGUUCCCAAAGAUUCUCUCUGGAAAUGACAUUUCCUACAUACUUUUAACUGGCAGGGGGAGUGAUUACAGGAUAAAGAAAGAGAAAAAAGAAAAGAAAAAGAGAGAGUGGGUGAAAAAAAGAAAGACUGGGAAAGAGGGGUGUUUCUAAAUGGGAACAGAUCACGCACUGUUUCAGGUUACACACACACUGAGAAGGAGAAAGAAAAGGAGAGAAAAUCCCAGGGACUCCUUUCUUUUCUUGACGUUUAGUUGGGUUUAUGGAGCCUAUGGGUCUGCAAAAUGAAGCUCUCUGGUUUUGCGAUAGUUGUCCUGACUAGGGCUUUUAUUGGAGAGCUGAGUGAAGCUUUAAAUGUGACCGUCACCCCUGGGCCAGUCAGCAUGUGUAUGGAGGGAGACAACAUCACUUUGACCUGCUUAGUGUCUCAGAGAAAGAGAAGCAACAGUGUCCUGGUGCUACGCUGGCUCUACUUCCCUACCCCUGAAGACGAGCACCUCGUGGGCAGGAUGGGCAUGAAGAAGACCAAAUAUUACGGCAACUACAGCAAGCAUUUUCCACAGACCAAGUUCCACCUGUGGGAAGAAAUGGACGGACAGAUCUAUCGUUUGCUGAUCCUGAAUGUGUCCCUCGAGGAUGGGGGCAACUAUACCUGUAAAGUGCAGGAAAUACGGAAGCACAGAAACAAUUGGAGGGCCUCGUCAAAUGGAACAGGAAGCAUGGAAUUACGAGUACAUCAUAUAGCCAGCACAGGAAAAGCUGAUGUCAUAUGGCGCAUGUUUGAAGAUUUGUAUCUGUGUGCUGCGCUCAUCUGCUCUAUCGGUCUGGUCUGUAUGCUUGUCUUUGCCAUGACUAUCACAUGUCAGCACCUGCAGCACAGACGAAGACUACGAGCCAGUUAUUACCUUGUGAAGUGUCCAGAAAACAGCUCGGGAGAAACAGUAACCAGUGUGUGCAGUUCUUCUCCUGCAAUGCACAGAAAAGAGAGACGGCACAAACCACAGCUCAGAGACAUCACUGAACCACUACCACCACCACAGAUACCAGCUAAAGCACCUGUACCAAGAAAGCCACGUAGGACCAAACUUUUAAAGGCACAACCUACAAAAAGGCCAAGGGUGGUAGAGGACAGCCUGACAUAUGCAGAGUUGGAGCUGGUGGAACCGAAGCCUGAGCUAAAAACAGACUUGACUGGAUGUGCACAACCUGAGCUGAAAACACAAUGCACAGGGACUGUAUAUGCCCAAAUACUCUUUGUGGAGAAGCAAGUGUAAAUAUUUUCACACCAAAAUUAUUUAUAAGAAUAAAAUAUUUUUUUCCCUACAUACUGAUGUUCUGUUAUUUCACGCGUACUAGUAUUUCUAGUAUAAAAUCUGUAAUACAAAAGCAGCAUUUUCUUUUAUAUAUGUAUGGGCACAUC